AUGUCAUACACACGAGCGCAGAAGGUGCAGAUUGAUUCCUGGGAAAAGUUUGGGAACAAAGGGUGGAAUUGGGACAGUCUCUUUCCGUAUUAUCUCAAAUCGGAGCAGUUCCAAGUUCCCACUGCAGACCAAGCUGCUAGAGGGGCCGACUACUAUAAGAGCUACCACGGAGAACACGGUCCGCUUAAGGUUGGUUGGCCCAAGUUCAUGACCAACAGCAGUGUGCUUCCGAUCCUCGACCAAACCUUCCAGCAAGUCGGGGUCUCCUACAAUAGGGAUAUCAAUGGUGGAAGUAUGGUAGGGCUCACAGUUCACCCUGAUACCAUCGACAGAGAGGCCAAUGUUCGUCACGAUGCCGCCCGAGCGUAUUUUUGGCCUUAUGAAAACCGCUCUAAUCUCAAAAUCAUCUCGAAUACCUACGCAAACAAGAUUGUGUGGGGUGAAGACUCGGGUGGUGAUGCGGUGGCUGUUGGGGUCGAGGUCCGAGGAGUCGAGGGAGUGGAAACCAUCUACGCCUCGAAAGAAGUUAUACUGUCUGCGGGCUCCUUGAAGUCGCCGGCGAUUUUGGAACAUUCGGGCAUCGGAAACUCGGACAUUCUCAAAAAGCAUGGAAUUUCGCUGAAAGUGAACAUCUCGUCCAUUGGCGAGAAUUUACAGGACCAAACCAACAAUGGGCUAUUCUAUGAAGGAAAGGAGUUUUUGCUCGGCCUGCCAACCUUCUCUGCCCUCCCCUCCGCCGAACAAAUUUAUGGAGACGACUCAUCCACCGUUGCUUCUAGGGUGAGCUCAAAUCUUGCAGACUACGCAAAAAAUGUCUCAAUUGCCUCGAAAGGUGCGGUCCAGGAAGCGAAUGUGCUAGCUGCUCUCCAGCUGCAGUAUGACCUGGUCUUCAAAUCCCAUGUGCCAUUUGCGGAGAUUGUCCUCAUUCCGAUUGGGCACUCGUUCUCCAGCGAAUACUGGCCACUUUUGCCGUUUUCAAGGGGCAGCGUGCACAUCCAGUCCCCCGAUCCGUCGGAAGCUCCCGCGAUCAAUCCGAACUACUUCAUGUUUGCGCCAGACCUGGAUGCCCAAGUCGGUGUCGCGCGCUUCAUUCGGAAGGCAUUUGAAACCUCUCCAUUAAAUCAUUUGGUCGGGGAAGAGUACGCGCCAGGGUUUGAGCAUGUGCCGGAGGAUGCUUCGGACCCAGUCUGGCAAAGUUGGAUCAGGUCAAAUUGUGAGUCCCAUCGAAACCCAGAAGAAAGAUUUUGA